CGUGUUCCACAAGAUUCCGACAGUGUGUUCCGCGAUUGGACUUUCUAUGAGCAACAGGACUAUGUCUUUAAGUGGAAAAUAUCCGAAAUUAUAAUUUUCGUGUUAUUAAGUGUUAAAAUAAAUUUUCAAAUGUGUCACACUCGCAGAAAAUUAUUGUGAAAAAGAAAGACCUUGGUGGUGCACAAUGAUCUUCAAAAUAACUGCAUGACGUAACACUCAUUUAAAGGCAAGCAAACGUUAAACGAAUUCAGUGGUUCAAGUUGUGUACCGAUUUUGUUUUCUUGUAACUGUUUUAAUCAGGUACAUAUAAUCGAUUUACGAAUCUAGGAAAAUUUUUUAACCAUUGUAACAUUAAAAUGAACUGUAAUACGGAAAAUCAAGAUGAAGGCGACGUUAGCGAUUCGGUCAGUGCUGUGAAUGUUGGAAAAAUUUUGAAAGCUGAUCAAGAGUCUCAAACAUACUUUUUAAGUUCUUGCGCUGAACAAACAACUUUUAUUUGUAAUAGAUAUAUUUACGUGACUUCUAACUUCGCUGAUUCUGAAGUUCAAGCUGAAAUAUCCGAAAUCGAUGUUCAAAAUAUUAGGAAUAAGAAACAAACUAAAGAUGUAGAGAUACAAUGUUAUUCGUCAUUGGCACACUUUAUAGAUACACUAAUUGAUUCUAAUGAGAUUACAAGUGAGACGAAGCAGAAACUGUCAGGUUUUCUUCGCUUUCGUUCUAUUGCAACUGAUGCAAAAUUAGAAAUUAUGGUUGGAGUCAAUUGGGCUAUUUUUGAUUUCUUACUAGCGAAAAUUGUAAAUUCACCGAAUGAAUUUAAACUAAGAAAAGAAUAUAUACUUAUGAUUUUUUUAAUGAAAAUAAAAAGUGGGUGGACUUUUGCAAACCUAGGAAAAUUCUUAAAGUUAAAUGAGACAAUUACUUUCAAUAUAUUUUUGUCAACUUUGGAAUGUUUGAGCACGUUAUCUAGAUAUUUAGUAAAGCGUCUAAAUACAUCUGUUCUACAAGCUAAAUUGACCAAAAGUUUAAAUCUAAGCUCUCGUGUUAUCGUAGACUGCGUUCUAUUCGAAAUUUCUAUUACAUCUUAUUUGGACAAACAGAUUCUCUGUUACUCUAAUGAAAAACAAUAUUACAGUAUAAAAGUAUUAAUUGGAGUCUCGCCAUCAGGAUUUAUCUGUUUUAAAUCGAAAGCAGCCGGUGCUACAGUGACUGAUUAUCAAAUAAUUGUUGAUUCACAAUUGUUUGAUUUUUUAGAAGAUGAUGAUGUAAUUUUAGCGGAUACGUGUUUUCCCGAAAUCAAAUCUGACAUUUAUGCAAGUGGUAAACGUAUCUCACUUCUUACGCGUACAUUGCCGAAAGAAAAUUCAGAAUUUUCGAAACAAAAGGCAGAUAUAAUUAACAUUUUUACAACAACCGUAGAGCGUCUUAAAUCGUAUCAAAUUUUAUCUAGAAUUCCAGAAGAUAUGCUCUCUCAUAUCGAUAAAGUUAUUGAUGUAGCUUGUGUCUUAAUAAAUUUACAAAGAUGUACUGUCUUAUAUCGAUAAAAUUAUUCAUGUAUUAUAGCUUGUGUCUUAAUUUACGGGGACCAAUGUUUUCUAAUUCAAAGGUGUAAGAAAUGUAAUUAAAAACAGCUUUAUCACACAUUAGAGUUCUUUAUUAUUGUUUAUUUAUCGAUAUUGAGUAAUCACAUAUUAAUAACUGUGAAAUCUCACAUUUUAUGAGAUACCGAUUGCAUACUCUAAAUUACGAACAUAAAUAUAUCUAUCGCACUUUAAUUAUUUCAAUAUCAUACUUUUGUCAAAUUACACUCUUUGAAAAUGUAUAUCCAGUUUUAUCUAAUGUACCUACCGUAUCGUAAAGAUACAUAGUACAUUUUCUACCAACAGACUGAUUAUAACUGUAUUUUUUGUAAUUCUAAAUUGUACAAGAAUA